AUGAUAGCGUCGCCUAAUAUGAAGAGUUUCUUUAUACUUUUCGUGGUGAUUCUGACGUGCAUCAAUUCUAUCGUCAAUUGCCAUUAUAUACCUUCGUCGCAUGCAAAAAAUUCAAUCGAUGCGUGCAAGGAAAUUCACGACAAAUUCUUGCAAACGAACGCUACCAAUUCUACCACCUGGGAAGAGGUUGCCGCUUGUUAUCGAUCAUUCCCAUAUGAUUCGGAAGUUGCGAAAGAGACAAUUGAGACAUUAAGAGGAUUCCUCAGUGCAUUCUACGCGUUCUUCGACGAGGCAAAGGAAGAACCGAAACCCGGAUUUACAUUUAGACCCGUGGAUUUGGCGGUUGAACUUGAUCGUCUGCUAGAGAAUAAAUAUGAAGUCGAGUUUGAUUUUUAUACUGACGUCAAGUCGGUUAUAAAUGCUUUAUCGGAUGCCCACACCCAGCUGACAGGCAAUUGUUACGAAUCAUUUCUAUUUGACCAAGGAUUAUCGUUGUAUUCAAUCAUACGGGACGGGAAGCAGAUAAUCAAAGUGUUCAACGACUCGGUCGAUCCAAGUAACAUUAACUGUGAAGUGGUUAGCAUUGAUGGCCUUCCCGCUUUAGACGUUAUCAACAAAUUCGCACUUGACCAAGUUGGGUUGACGAAGGAUCUGGGAGUUCGAUUUAACUUGGCGCUCGCGUCCUUAUCUCUUUCGAGAGGAGUCCUCCAGGCAUCCGACUUUUCGGGGCUAUUCACCAGCAGACAACAGCUACCACCAACCCCAUACAUCUCUUACACACUCAAUUGCAGCGGAGAUUGGUUAAAACAGGUUAAUCGCCGUUGGACAGUUGGAGCUACACGCGCAGUGCUAACUAACUUUACGGACUCUGUGUCAUAUCGUAAACAAUUCUGCGUGAAGUUUAAUAAUAGUACUGAUAAGAAUACCAAUGCUAACUCCGUCACAAAAUCCGCCGUGCAUACUCAUCGGUCUAAACGCGAAAUCGAUGUACCAUCAUUGAGCGAAGGGGAACUAAUAGUGGACGCCAUCAUCGCUAGCUUUUACGUUGUACGUGAUGUCGGGGUGGCCGUUAUUUCAACGAUUGACACUUCGACACUUGACCAAACUCAAAUGGAGGUCGUGUAUACAAAUCUGUAUGAAGGAUUUCAAUCGUUUGCAAAGAGAAAAAUCAAGAAGGUUGUCCUUGAUUUGAGUAACAACGGUGGUGGAACUGUUGAGGUUUCUCAGUAUAUCGCCUUGCUCUUGUUUCCCGACAUCAUCCCUAGUUUCCCAUUGGAUAUGCGACUCUCGGAUCUUUACAGACUUGCCAUUAAAACUGCAUCAGUUAUCCCGUCCCCAGUUCCAGAAUUUCCAUUUGAUUACCACGGAUACAUAAGAGCUGAGAAUGAACAAAAUUUUACAUCCGUCCAGCAAUUCUUUGGCAAUAACAUGUUUACACGCGGCGGCAUACAAAAUAAUUAUUCAUCGAAAUUCUUUAUUAAUUAUGAAAGCGAAUUGAGAAAAAAUCUUGAAUCGGUGCAGGGGUCAAACCCUUCCCCAUUAAAUUGGACGCGUGACAAUAUCAUUAUUUUGACAAAUGGAUUUUGUGGAUCUGCAUGCGCCAAUCUGGCUCAGAUAUUAGCGGAAAAGAAGCAAAUAAAAACUGUAGCAGUUGGAGGUUUAUUGUCACAAAAUCAGCUCAGUUAUGCUUCAUUCCCUGGUGGAUUCAAACUCGAUUCCGGUGAUGUAUUUUCGUUGUUAAAUGACGUUGGUUUAAAUCAUUCCAGUAAUAGUUUAGUACCUAAUGAUUUUUCACUGAGUAUGUCUGCAUCGGCAGCAGGAAGUGAAGUUUAUAGUAGCGUACAUAAUACUAUGGUUAUGGAAUUUGAAUUCAAACCUUCCGACUUUAGGUUAUUUUAUGAUGAAAAAAGUGCAAGGGAUCCUAGCAUUUUGUGGAUGCAGGCGGCAGAGUUGAUCGGAAAAUGA